ACAUCAUACUGAUAGCUCUGUUCUUUAGUUCACUUUUUUUGUUUUGUUUCAGCAACAAGAUGGUGUUCACGGCCAGUCCUAAGAUUACCCUGCUCCUGGCCUCACUCCUCUGUUUCCAAACAGUCAGCGCAGGACAUUGCCAGCAUUCUGCCUUCACCUACCGGUUCAACGAGUUACGCAAUUACCAGUGCUGCCAGCCCAUUAGAUUUAACAUACCCAUAUACAAUGAGGGAGGGGACUACAACCCAGGCACAGGCGUCUUUACAUGCAGGCUCCCCGGGCUGUAUUACUUUACCUUUCAGACGCAGGUCUACAACAUGGAUCUGUACAUCAAGAUGGUGCACAACGGGCACACCUACCUGGAGUGGUUCGACCGCUACAUUGCUCCUGAUGAAGAUAAUGCCUCAGGCGCUACUCUGAUUCCACUGCAAAGAGGAGACACUGUGUACCUGGAGAUGCAUCAAGGCAAGAAUGGCAUGUGGGGCAAUGCAAUCUUCACAGGCUUUGCACUGCAUGUAGAUGGUUGUGAUCAGUGAAUCUCAGCAGAAAAACAAGGGGCAAAACCACGCAAACAAGGGCUUUGUGCUUGUGUGUACUGAUUUGUGAUGCGAUUUCACACAUCUUCUCUGUUAACACGGAACUGGAGUAGUGUACCUACAGUACUAGGGCUGUGCAGAUGCUAGAGUUUUCAGAUUUAUUCCCAUUAACAUGUUUUAGGUUCUGAGGUAUUAAUGAAAUAGAAUAAAACCUUGUUAUUUACACGACACCAAACAAAGCGUACCCUCGUUUGCUCGUCUACACAGUUUGGACAGUGUGAUUUUAAAAACAGAGCCUGUGGUGAUAAAACUAACUAAAGCCACAGUUUAACUGUGAUUACUUUACCCUUCUUUUAUCCGUUUGAUAUAAAAUCAUUUAGAUUUCACAUCCUGAUAUUUACUUUGUUUAUUUCCUAAGAAAUGCGUCAUCUCUGCAUAAAUUGUGGGAUUGUAGUGCUGGCCAAGAUUUAACCCGCCUGGACCUCUCAGAACUACAUUUCCCAUCAUCCUCCUGCUCCCUGGUAAAUUCAUCUCAGUUACAUAUGUGAGCAGGAGGGUGAUGGGAAAUGUAUUUCUGAGAGGUCCAUGCGGGUACAUGGGAAGCCAUCUUGAGGCAUGGAAUGCAAUUUAAAAGUUUAAAAAAGUCAAAAUGUAAAAAAAUAUAUAUAAUUACAACAAUACAAACACCUUGCAUAAACAGUUGUAGCAACAAUAUAGGGAACAUGUAAUACAAUAUAAUAAAAAGGUCCUUAUGUACCCUUUAAAGCCACACUGGAUAUCGUUUUCCUGCACAAUAAAACAGCAAAUGGCUUGAAUAAUACUGGAUUCAAUGUAAACAUCCCACCCAAAGUACUGAGAACAGCUAUGAUAUGAGUUCCUAUUCCUCUUGCUGUAAUUAUGAAGAACCUGGUAUGCAACUCUUUAUAAUUAUAUUGUCAGCUUUCUAUUGCAAU